AUGAACUGGCUCGCUGACCAAGUCGAAGGGCUGGCCAAGCAGGCUAGCGUAAGUCGUGUGUCCAGACUGUGCCUCGCUCGUUGCGUCGAUCGUGGCCCAUGAGGUGGCCGGCGGUGGUGGUGGUGGUGCGACGUGGAGCGCAGUCGGCGGCCAGCGAGUGGGACGUGUCGCCGACGCCGUGUCGCGCUACGCUACCUUGAUCGGGGCGGACGACGCGCCCGUGCUGCCUCAAUCGGCUUUGGCGUGGUUCGAGCCAAGUGUGGCUGAUCGAGCCUGAAUUUAUGUGCUUGCAUAGGAGAUCACCAUGUACGACAUCAAGAGCGUCGUCAACCAGGUCAGUGCUCAGCAUCCCGUGCGGGCUGGCAAGGCGCCUCGCGUACGGAUCGGCCACGAACGACCAGCUCAUCCCGACCCUCAUCGCUCUUCACCAGGCCAAGAACAUCGUCAUGAACUUUACCGAGAUGGAAGCCAAAGUCAGGGACGCGACCAACGACGAUGCAUGGUUCGUCGGGCUUGCUUCCUUCUCAGCUGGAGGUCUCGUUCGUGCCAUCGACUGGAGGCGACUGACGCGUGCGGUAUGACGCUGUCCUUUGCCUCGCUUCCUCUCUUUCUUCGUCGGUCUUCUUUGAAUCGUCUCUAGGGGUGCGAGCUCGACCUUGAUGCAAGACAUCGCGCAAGGGUAGGUCGUCCCGUCGAGAGGAUCCGGUCUGCUCGGCCUAAUGGCUGAUCCGCAUCGUUUGGGACCGGUGCUUUUUACAGGACCUUCAACUUGUGAGCAACGAUCAAUCUACAGCUGCACUCGUAAAAGAGAGCAAACGGCUGAUGCGAGUGAAUCAACCCACACGUAGUCAACUCUUCAACGAGAUCAUGCCUACGAUCUACGCUCGGUUCACCGAAAAGGAGGCUCGGCAAUGGCGUCAGAUCUACAAGGCGCUCGUACUUCUGGAGUCAGUCGAAUGUUUUCCUCGAACUCGUGAAACAGACGUCUGACCUGUACCUUUACGGAACACUAGAUACCUGGUCAAGAACGGCUCCGAGCGCGUGAUCGAUGAUGCCCGAACCCACCUCAGUCUGAUCAAGGUCCUGCGCAACUUCCACUACACCGACGAGAACGGCAAGGACCAAGGCAUCAACGUGCGCAACCGCUCCAAGGAACUGGCCGAACUGUUGGGCGACCUCGACCGCGUGCGUCAAGAGCGUCGCAAGGCCAAAGCCAACAGGAACAAGUACACCGGUGUCAGCAGUGAUGGGUUCGGUGGUGGAGGCGGAGGAGGCCCUAGCUUCACCUCGGCGACAGGGUCGAGGUAUGGUGGUUUCGGCAGUGAUUCGAUGGGCAGUGGCUCGGGCGGAGGUCGAGAAGGGGGUGACCAUGGAGGGUUUUCCGACUCCCGAGCCCCGGCUGGUGAUUUCGAAGAGUACGAUGCCGGGGACUGGGAGGACAAACCAAGUCGUUUCAACUCGGCGCCGACGCGAGCCUCGGGCUCUGGCUCCGGAUCCCAUUCGCGAGCAUCAGCGAGUGUCAAGCCGACGCCGCCCGCUCCCAAACCCGAGCCGCCCAAGGCCGAAGUCAACCUUUUUGACUUUGACGAUGAAGACGACCAGCCCACGCCUCCACCAAAGGCGAGCUCAUUUGCUGUUCCGGCCCCUGCUGCCGCUUCCCUAGAUGGUUCGUACCGGUGACUGGAUUCAGGAAGCCCUAUUCGACACCAUGGGCUUAUCCGCGCUUCUCGUACGAGCAGAUGACUUUGACGAUUUCCAAUCCGCCGCACCGAUUCCUUCCGUCCCCUCGCUCCCCAUCUCCCCCGUCUCUGCCGCCCCCAAGCAAAACGCCUUUGCGAUGCUCAACGCGCAACCUUCGACCCAGAUCCGACCACCGCAAUCGAACCCCAACUCGGGUAUGAUGGGCUCGUUCGCGCCUAUGCAAGCCCAGUCCGCGAUCCGACCCAACCCUCCCUCCCACACCAACUCGACCACCUCGGUCUUUAGUCAAAAGUCGUCCUCGUCCUCGGCCGCGGCCGCUGCGCAAGUCAAGCCUAAAGCGGCUGCGGCUGAUUUCUCGGAUUUGUUCGGCUCGUUCGGUGGCGCCAUUACGCCGGCUGCAAAGAGUGGUUCGGCGAAUGGUGGGAUGACGAUCGCUCAAAUUGCGGAGAAGAAGCGACAAGAGUCCUUGUUCAAUAUGAGUAAUGGUGAAUUGAUCAUCACGCUCUGAAACUUUCGUUCAAAAGAGAUGGGAAGCUGAUGAGUAAUGUUUCUGCGUGCGCUCGACUUCACAGCUGGGUCCAAGACACAACCUUAUGGUGGCGGAGGAGCAUCGAGCACCGACGACAACGGCUGGGGCUCGUUGCUUUGA